AUGCCGCUGGAUCUGGAUGAUGACUCACAACCAGCAGAUGAUGCCAUGGUAGAUGACAUGGUUCUGUCAGUCGAUUUGCACGAGCGGCGGAGUGACAAGAGCCCUAGAGACAUUUACGAGGAGCUUCAAAAAAGACUGCAAGGCACGGCUGACGUGCGCCACGAAAAGCUGAAGAUGGGUGAUUACAUGUGGACGCGCGCUGCAGAGGCGUUUGGUGCCUGCAUCGAACGCAAAACCAUGCGAGACUUGAUUGGCCGAUCUGCCAAAGGAGAUCACGUCAGGCAACUUCGACGACUGAGCUCCAGCCAGCUUCCAGGUGCCUUGCUGUUGGAAGGUGACAUCUCUACGGCAGAUCAUCAAGUGGCCUAUGGUGCAGAUCCAAUCUCCCGUGGCCAUUCAGAUAGUUCCAUGCGAGAAGCCUUGGAUGUGCUCUGCUUUCUGGCAAGGCUGGUGCUGCAAAAGCGCUGCUUCGUGUUGUUGACGGCCAACGCCAUGAACACUGCCCGCUGGUUGGCAUCCUGGACCCAAGUCAUCAAAGACCUUUGUGGGGUUCCUCUUGAUGAUGUGACCAAAGCUGGGGCGCGAAGCGACGAGGAAACUAUUGGCGGUAGAUUCAACUCUUUGGACGAGAUGCGAAGUGCCUAUGAGCAGUGCACGGAUGUCAAAAGAAGGCAGCUGCUCUUGGCUCCGUUGCUUCUCGUAUCCAUGGACGUGGACUCGCAGGGAGAUGCCGCCCGAAGCGCAGUCGCAGCCGGCGCAGCCGAAGUUUCCCACCAGGUGUUUCAGAUGGUACAAAGCUGCAGUGAAGCUGAAGCUCCCAGUGGCGUGCCAGAGGUUCCGAUGGUGAACAAAUGCUCUCCACUUCGAUCUAAGGACAUCAAAUCCAUUCCGCAAGCCAGCAGCUGCAAGGUUGAGGAAUGUCCCCCCGCAGCAAAAGAUGUGGAGGAAGUACGACUGCAAUUGCUGGGAAGUGGAGCUUCGACCUCUCUCAAGUCAGCAAAGCUUUACAUUUACAUCCUGCAUGGAUCUCAGCUUCUGCGGUUUCUUUUGCGUUCUGUGCAGGAGGUGGGUAACAUGGAGGUAGCCAAGGUUGCAAAAGCAUGUGCAGAAGCUCUCGUGCAGAGCCUGCCACUGCAGUCUCCGGGCGGGAUGAGGUUGCUUCUCUUCGAAGGCAUCGACGUUGCUGCAAAGCAGGUCUGCGGCAAAGGCCAGAACGAGCCUGGCUUCGAAGUGGCCAAAGAUACUGCGAAGCUUUUCCCAGCGGUUGUGGCGGUGCUGGCGCUGAGGUAUCGCAUCAAUGCCAUUCCAUGGCGCAAUCGGGCCAAACUCAUGGACUUCUUGGUCGCUGUGUUCAAGGAGUUCUCGGAGACGCAACUCCUGGACCAGUGA